AUGAACAACGCUGGGAUAAUGGCGAAUCCAUUCUCCUUGACGGUCGAUAAGUUGGAGAGCCAGUUCGCCACAAAUCAUUUAGGGCACUUUCUGUUGACCAAGCUGCUGCUGCCGGAACUGGAGGCAUCUGCACCAGCGCGUGUCGUGACUGUCACCUCUGCCGCAGCCCACUUUCCAGAGAUGAUGGCCAAAUUGGAAAUGUUUGGCUUGGUUGAUGCAGCUCCUGCGGCGGACUUUGACAAGCUGGGCCAGGACUACGAAGCUGACUAUCACCCGUUCAAGGCAUACGCUCGUUCCAAGCUUGCAAACGUCCUCUUCACUCGCGCGCUAGCCCGUCGACUUUCAGACAAACACAUUUUUGCAAACAGUUGCCAUCCCGGUGGCAUCAUGACAAACCUCCCCAAGCACGUUCAGAAGUCCACAGAGGACAGUAUGGGUAAGGGCUGGAGAUACUACAUGGAUGAACUCAUGCAGCUGGUGAUGUUGACACCGCCGCGAGGUGCCGUAACUCAGCUCUACUUAGCAAGCUCACCGGACAUUGAAGAGAAAGGUAUUCGUGGACAGUAUUUCCGCAAUCAGGCCAUACAUGCCAACCCCCCAAAGUUUUCCACAGAGGAGCUUGAAGAGAAGCUGUGGAACAUCUCCGAGAAAUUAGUGGCCGAAUAUCUGUAA